AUGCAACAAUUUUCCGGACCGAUUGCAUACUUUUCAUUCUUUUCCAUUCUGUUAACAAAAAGCAACAUGUCACAACAACAGAAAGGUGGAUUAUUAGAUCAGAUCCUCUUAGAAGAUAUAGCCAGAUGCUGUCCCCAUCAAUUUCUAGCAUUCCAUCAGUGCAUGUCCUUACCACAACCGGAUCCUGAACACUGUCUAAAACAACAAGUUGAAUUGACUCAGUGUAUUAGGACGUCAGUACCUUCAUUUCAAAAGAUCCAGGGCGAAUGCUCCGGGAAGUUGCAAGCUUAUGAAGCAUGUUUGAAGAUGAACAAGAGCCAGACGCUGAAAUGUACCCAUGAACUAGAAGAGUUAAGAAAUUGUGCAUUUGGAUCUAUAAACAAAUAG